UAGAGGAGCUGAUAAGAGAGAGACCCUUGCACACAUUUUGGUUGAGAUUAAUCUGUAACUAUCAUGGCAACCAUUUCAGCUGCUUUGGCGCGAACAAUUUCAUCGUCUCCUCAUUCUCCUUUGUCUUCAACGAAACAUCAUCCCAAAUCACAGAAGCCAUCACAAAUUCAAUUCAAUUCCUCUUCUUCUUCUGUUAUUGAGAGCAAACCAGGUGUCUUACAAAUUAAGGAAUUUAAGAAUGCUGCGUUGGGGUUGCUUGCUGUUUGGGCUGUGUCAUCUGCUUCACCUGUGAUUGCGGCUAAUCAGAGGCUGCCUCCCUUAUCAACGGACCCGGACCGGUGCGAACAUGCAUUUGUCGGGAAUACAAUUGGUCAAGCAAAUGGUGUUUAUGAUACACCAAUUGAUCUAAGGUUCUGUGAUUUCACAAAUGAGAAAUUAAACCUGAAAGGGAAGUCACUUACGGCUGCUCUAAUGUCAGGCGCAAAAUUUGAUGGUGCAGAUAUGACUGAAGUGGUUAUGUCCAAGGCUUAUGCUGUGGGAGCAAGCUUCAUAGGCACAGAUUUCACCAAUGCCGUUAUAGAUCGGGUUAAUUUUGGAAAAGCUAAUCUUAAAGGUGCUAUAUUUAAGAACACUGUAUUGUCAGGUUCUACUUUCGAAGGAGCUGAGCUUCAAGAUGUCGUAUUUGACGACACCAUAAUUGGUUACAUCGACCUUCAGAAGUUAUGUGUUAACACGACCAUCAAUCCAGAUUCAAGAGUCGAGUUAGGAUGCCGGUAAAAUCUAUUUUGUUUCCCUUCAUUUUUCUAACGAGCAAUUGAAGUGAUCUUGUAUCUUAUAUUGUAAUUAAAUUUUGUUGAGAUAAAUACUCUCUGAGGUUCUAAAGAGAAAUACAGUUUGUUCAAAUGUGUAAGAUUCCUAGCCA